AUGGCGGCCUUGAGUUUGGAAGAAGCGAUAGAAAGUGCUCUCGAAAGUUUUCCCAAUAUCGAUUGUUUAAAGGAUGAACAGAAGAAAUGUAUCGCAGCACUGCUACAGAAGAAAGACGUGUUGGGUUUGUUACCAACAGGAUUUGGUAAAAGCUUAAUUUUCCAACUAUAUCCGCGAAUCUUCGAGUUGGUGAACGGCAGGAAAAAUUGUCACGUUGUCAUUGUUAGCGCGUUGAAUGCUAUAACAGAAGAGCAGGUUCAGGAAACGGAUGAAAAUAUACUAAAGGGCGAUUACAAGUUGGUGUUUGGUAGUGCAGAAAUGUGG